AUGUCGUCGCCUCCAAGUUACCACACAAAAGUCUUAUGCAAAUACAGCGUGAUCAUAGGCGUUGUCGUGAUUUUCUUCGUGCUCGUCUUUUUCAACAAAACAUACCUCACUUCACAAUCUUUUGACAGUAACAUUUUCACCAUAAAAUAUCAAGAGAGUUUCUUGCAGCCUAGAGAGACGGCCACAAACUUGAGCCAUUUGAUGUUCGUUCUGGUCGGGAGCUCACGUACGUGGAGGGAUCGUCAUGUUUUCUUAGAAUCAUGGUGGAGACCAAACGUGACACGUGGUAAUAUCUUCUUUGACGUGGAGCCGUCGAAAGAGUUCCAACCUUGGUCUCCGGCCUUACCUCCGUUAAAAAUCAACGAAGACCUCAAGAAACUGAAGAUCUACCCGAAGCUUACAAACCGAAACCACACUCGGAUCUAUAGGUCCAUUCUUGAGAAUUACAGACUCAAACAAGACGAGGAUGUGAGAUGGUAUGUGACGGGUGAUGAUGACAGUGUUUUCUUCGUAGACAACAUGGUGGAUGUGUUGUCAAAAUACGAUCACACGGAAAAACAAUACAUCGGAAUGUUUUCGGAGACCAUAAAAUCAAAUUUUCACUUCUCAUUUGACAUGGCAUUCGGAGGAGGAGGUUAUGCUCUAAGUUAUCCUCUAGUGGAGGCUUUAGUAGAAGUAUUGGAUGAUUGUAUUGAGAGGUACCAUUACAUUUGGGCAGUGGAUCAUUUACAGAGUUUGUGUUUGGCUGAUUUGGGCGUUGAUCUUAGCCUUCAUAAAGGAUUUCACCAGGUGGAUCUAUACGGUGACAUAUCAGGCUUGCUCUCGUCCCAACCCACGGCUCCUCUUGUCAGCCUCCACCACUUCGAAACUGUCACACCACUUUACCCUCACAUGGACCGUCCAGGUUCAGUCACUCAUAUCAUGAAAGCAGCCAACGUAGACCAAUCACGGAUGCUACAACAGUCGAUAUGCUACGUCAGAGAAAGAAACUGGACCUUUUCGGUCUCGUGGGGAUACUCUGUUCAUAUCUAUGAGAAGAUAUACCCACGGAGCCACUUGAAGCUUCCCAUCGAGACAUUCCGUCCUUGGUGGCAUGGAGGACUGCCUCCUUUUUACAUGUUUAACACGAGACCGGUUUCCAGAGAUCCAUGUGAAGCUCCUCACUGGUUCUUCUUUGAUUCGAUUGAACAAGUGAAGGAAGGAGUUGUUACUUCUUACACAAGGAAGUCUCCUAGAAACAUGACUUCUUGCUCCUUGUCUGGUAAUACUUCUGCGGAUCCUAUUACUUCCAUCCGUGUCUUCUCUCCCAAAACUCCCAAACCGGGGAGAAAAGUAGAAUGUUGCGACGUGGAAUAUGAAGUGUUUGUCAAGCUCACCCAUCAGGUUUUCGCAAGCUACUUUGGUACCAGUCUCUCCGCCUGCGGUUCACAUAGCCGUCCCUCUUAUGGGCUAUUCCUUGCGAUGCAUCCUUCUCUAUGGUCGCUUUUCAUGUCUACCGAGUCUCGAACUAUCACAAUGAGCAUCUUUGUCUAUUGGGAAAUGGCAUCGAUCAUGCCCGACGAGUACUCUAUCGGAGUUCUUUGCUCGCCUCUCUAUGACCAGGGCAAGUUAAUGGAGCCUGCUUCUACACGUUCAGAGUCCAAUCCAGGAGCAACAGAUCUCCUUUCAAUCGCUCUCCUACCAUUUUAUUAG